AUGAACAGAUUGUUUGCAUUUAAUCACUCACGCGCGCUCGCAAUUGAAAUUAACUCACUUUACUCUCGGAUACCCAAAAGAUAUUGCGUAAAAUAUGUGCAAGGACAAUCUCCAGAACCUAGAGUUCGCGAAUAUUUUUAUUAUAUCGACCACCAAGGCAUGUCAUACCAUUUUAGAUAAAAAGUUUUUGGCCUUUUUUUUCAAACGCUUGAAAAAGAAUGACACAGGUAGAUAUGUGGAAGAUUUUCCUUAUGUCUCUCUUUGUGGUCCAGAGAGAAAUUUUGUUAGAUGUGAUGAUUUGCCAAUAGUUUUCACGAAAAUUUUUAAAAAGGAAGAUAGUAAAACGAGUAAAACUGAAAACUGGUUUGGUUAUGCUUAUGCAGAAGAAUUAUUAAUGGUACCAUUUCAACCAGACAAAAUAUACAUGAAUGUUCAAUCAGGCAGAGUAUAUCAUCCUGCUCCAGAAAAAGCAGGAGGAAUUGGUCUGGUGAGAUCAAAAAUUGCUAUUGAACUUAGUCCAUUAUUUAAUUUUGAGAAAGGAGAGGAAUAUGGUCCAACUCAUAUCAUUUGGGAAGAUAGAAAAUAUACUUUAGAUCAUAAAUGGUAUAAGAAUGAAGAACUACCACAAGCUGUCAGAUAA